UGAUCUGGUUUAUAAAGUAAAUGGUUGGAAAGCACAUCUGCUUUGCUGUUGUUUAAAUGACCGCUUAUUGUUUGGAAAACUUGUAGAUUGACGCAUUAAACGCUGAACAUGAAGAUAAAUUUCGGCGAAGCCUCUGCCGAUGAUUUGGGGAUGGAAAUGGAGAUGGAGAUGGAGAUUGAAGAACUCAAGGCUGUGAAAGUGGUGGGCAAGGGAGCCAUGGGAACUGUGUUUUUGAUCCAAAAACGGGGUUUUGAUAGGCCUUUGGCUUUGAAGGCAAUGAGCAAAUCUGUUCUAGAGAAGCAGAAAGAUGGGUUGAAGAGAGCUCGGGUGGAAAAGGAGAUUUUGAGCAGUCUUAGACACCCAUUUUUGCCCACAUUGUUUGGUCAGGUGGAUACGGAGAAAAUUGUCGGGUGGGUUGUGGAUUACUGCUCUGGUGGUGAUUUGAAUGGCCUUAGGCGUCGGCAACCGGAGAAAAUAUUUUCAGAGAAUGUCAUUCGGUUCUAUGCCGCUGAGAUCAUAUUGGCGCUGGAACAUUUGCACAGCGUGGGCAUUGUCUACAGAGACCUAAAGCCCGAAAACGUCCUUGUGCAAGAGGACGGUCACAUUAUGCUCACCGACUUUGACCUCUCCGCGGUUCUUAGACCGCCAACGGAACCGCCACAGUCUCCAAAACGGCCGGGAAAGUUCGCGUUCAUGACAUCGUGCGUUACUAGCUCGGUUUCACGUGUUUCUCCCGUAAACAAAAAGCCCCCCAACACGAAAACAAAUUCUUUAGUGGGAACGGAGGAGUACGUGUCGCCGGAAAUGCUCGAAGGCGGCGGCCACGACUUUCCCGUCGACUGGUGGGCCUUCGGAGUUUUGCUCUACGAGUUGAGCUCCGGCAAAACGCCGUUCACGGGGGCGACGAGAAAAGAUACGUUUUACAACGUUCUGGUGAGGCAACCCCCGUUUUCCGGCCGCUGGACUCCGUUACGGGACCUCAUUCAGAGAUUGCUUAUAAAAGAUCCCAAACGGAGACUGGGUUUUAAUGGGGUUGAAGAAAUUAAAUCACACUUUUUUUUCCGAGGCCUCGAUUGGGAAUCUAUCGAGAUGCUUGUUAACGUCACUGCGCCGCCAUUUGUUCCUUCCCCCGUUUGCAUGGACGAUGUCGCCGCCAUGCAGCGCAUCGACGUCGAAAGACAUCUUCUUUACCGGGAGGACAGUAAAAAUGAAAUGUCUCAGUCUGAAGGAAACCAAACUGAUGUCUUUUCAGGGUUUUAGAAACGGGGUUGUUUAGUUUUGAAAGGUUUGAGCACCAGGAGAGAGUCACGCAGUAUUUUUUGUGUUGGUGACUCUGAUCAUGAGUCUGUUUUGUAAAGAUAUAUGAUCGACUUCCUUCAUGACUGUACUUCUGGAUUUCCCCAAGGGACAAUCUCCACCUUUGUAUGCGGCAAAGGCUUCAUAACGCUGACAGGGCAAAUAGAUGACUGCUUAGACCAUUCGCUCUGCUUUCUUAACUAAAGGUCUAAAUAAUUGCCAUUUGCCUUCACACUUUGUGAUAUAUAUACUAAAAUGUUUAUUCUUAUAUUUCAUGACUGGAAUGCAUAUGUCAGAUUUUAA